CAGAAGUUUAGCCAUUACGAGCCAAAACUAAAGAUGACAUUUUUACAAAGACAAGCCUUACAUGGCAACCGUUUAAAUAGGGUGAAUAACUAUAGUAUACUAUGCAUAAUUCUUGCAUAAUUAGAUAUAGUCUAUUGAUUUUAAGUGAGACCAGAUAUAAAAUGUCAGAUUAAAUGACUUUUUAUUUUAUUUUUUAAUUGGUUUUUAUCUUUUUUUGUUUUAAGUUGAAGUUCAAAUUUUGCACAGAUGGAACGAGUUCGUUCUUAUCUACAAAAUUAUAUCCAUUCUCAAUGUAUUUCGAUUAUUUUUUUCCGUACCACUUAUACCACUUGUUGUCUAUCACAUUGGUACCACCUUCAGUUUUAACUCGAAUGUUAAUAGAACAUAAUCCAGAUGGUUCUCUAUGUUUACGUUAUCAAAAAACACUUAAGGCGUGUAAAGAUUCCAGAAGUUUAGCCAUUACGAGCCAAGACUAAUAUGACAUUUUUUACAAAGACAAGCCUUACAUGGCAACCGUUUAAGAUAUGGUGAAUAACCAUAGCAUACUAUGGAUAAUUCUUGCAUAAACAGAUACUGUCUAUUGAUUUAAAGUGAAAUCAGAUAAAACAUGUCAAAUUAAACGACUUUUUAUUUUUGUAAUGGGUUUUUAUCUUCUUUGUUAUAAAUUGAAGUUCAAUAUUUUUGCACAGAUGGAACGAGUUCAUUCUGAUCUACAACAUGAUAUCCAUUUUCAAUGUAUUUAAAAAAAAAUUACCGUACCACUUAUACGACUUGUUAUCUAUCACUUUGGUACCACCUUCAGUUUUAACUCGAAUGUUGGAAAAAAUUCCUUAAAAGAACGAGUUCAUCACGAUCUACUGUUCCAACAAAUUUAUGGAAAAAAAUUUCAAGACCAAUACCAUCCUAGUAUAGGGUGAUAUAUGGUGAUGAAAAGUGAUAAAUGGCUACUAGCAUAUUUUUACUGUCAAGUAUACAACCAUUAUAUACUCUGUUAUAUGAAUCCAACUACCGUGAUACGCUUCCAUACCACGUGGUAUGAUCUUCUAUACUACCAAACAUUACCAUAUGGUACGAAAUAUGAACCGAAAAUAAAUGUCUUAAUUUUUAUGUUCCAAUAUAUAUUACAGUGCAUGUCAUUUUGGGAGUACAAUUAUUCUAAUUUUUUCUGUGAUAAAGCUAAUUGACUUAAAUAUGUAAAGGAAAUAUUCCAAUAAACUUAAUUGGAGGAAAAAUUAAAUAUGUUCAAUAAAUAGUAAAUAUAAGGUUAUGUAUGGUUAUAUAUAUACCGUAAAUGACAAGCUAACACCCUUAAAAUUAUAUUUCCCCCCUCAACUAUACACUCUUUGUAGAUACAAUUCUAAAGGAUUUAAAUAUUGACUAAUUACGUGUCUUCUAAGAAUUUUUCUCCAAAAUUGCUUUCUUUAUUAACACACUCAUCAAUUAUUUGCAGGUUAUCAUCAUAGAUUCUAGGUCAGCAUAAAAUAAUUGGAAGAAAAGUACGUGACUUCUUUUGUCUUUGCCUUCAAUUAUAUGAGGGGUAUCGCCCCGUUUGUAUACAUAUGAAUCAUGCAUUCCGGAGGGGUUAUCAGCCCCCAAUUAUCAAUCUAUGAGGUUGUUUUGGAUUGCCAAUUGUCAUUAAGGUCUUUCUCACCAUCCCAAUCUAUACGCUGAAAAUUAAAACCAACCGCACAAUUGAUAAUACCAAAGGAACACUAUAAUCGUGAUAUAUGAUUCAUGAUGGACUUAGUGUUCGAUUUGUAGAUCGGAGUAGUAAUAGGUUAGUCCACUCGAUUGCUCGCAAAGUCAUUUCUAUGUACCCGUCUACUGGUCGUUCUUUUGAUUUUCUGGCCUGGUGGACCUCCAGGAUGUAAUGAUCUCUCUUUGAAUCAAUAUAUGAUUAUCUUUUGUAAAAAUAAAAAAUCGUAGAAUGAUUGAAAUACAAAUGAAUAUAUAUACUCUAUGUUUGAUCAGAUUUUCUUUAAGUGUUUGUUCAAAUUAGGUGAAACAUAUUUAUAAAUAGGAUUUUUGAAAAAUCUGAAAAGUACUUUUUAGUAAUUUACAUGAGUUCUUAUAUUAAAAAGUUCUCCUCCUUGUAUUAUGAUAGGAUGCAUAGAAUGUAUCAAAAUCACACCAUACAAUUUGAAUGACAUAGAUUGUUUGACAUUUCAAUUUCAAAUUGAGGCUACAUAAAAUUGGAGCAAAAAAAAAGAGGAUACUUUGAAUCUGAAAAGUAUUCUAGCAAAGCAAUUGAAUUUGAUUUUGUAGAAAUACAAAUUUCAUUUGUAUAAGGACUAUUGAGAAAGAUAGGGUAAUUGAUUGGAUUUGGAUCCACGGGACAAUAGUUUAUUAACCAAAUAACAAAUUGCUUUAUCCAAAUGCACUUCUCUACAAACUCCGACAAAUAUUUGUGUUCGCAUGGCCAAACAUAGCCAUAAUCUCUACCCCUCUCAAACCUUGACAUAAUAUUUCUUUUAACUAAAAGUUGACUUGAAUUACUCAGACAAAAUAUGUACAAUAAAAUUCGGGAUGAUACAAGUUGAUAUGAAAAUUGUAGGGGAAGCUUAUGUGUUAUGAGUGCAAUUAUUUGUUUCUAAUGAGUGCUUCUACUUUAACGGCGGGUUUUAGGAAUGAUUCGUCUUCUUCAUCGACUCACGGUGUCCGUAUAAAGUGUUGGGCCGAUCUAUUUGGCAUAUCGGAAGCUAACCGUCUUUGCUAUGUGAAGUCGAAGGUGUUCAUCGAGUCAAGGUGUAUAGAAAAACUAUAUUAUUGUAAUAUUUAUGUUAUUGGUGUGGAACAGAAGAAGAGUUACCAGGCUUGUUCAUUCCCUUUAUGUUAUUUUAUCAAUAGCUAAAAAUAAUUAUAGCUACCAAUUCAAUGGUCCAAAAUUACUCGAAUAAUCCAACUUAAUAGUGAGUAAAUCCAAUGACUCUCUAACGUUUUAUCAGGUGAAUCCUUUUAUGUUUUAUCUGUAGAAGGAACCAUUAAUUCACUAAAAUAAUCUAACUUAAUAUUAAUUAAGUCAAUCCAAGGAGUUAUAGCAAAAACAAAAUCCAUAGAGUCUCUAACUUUUUAUCAGGUGAAUCCUUUUAUGUUUUAUCUGUAGAAGGAACAAUUACUUCACACUCUUUCAGGUGUCUAUAUAGAGUUCUACAUUUUCUGUUUUCAAGCACCCAAUUACUUGACCACCAGUAAUUUAACAAAGAACAAUUUUAUUGAAUUAGAACUCCUACUAAAGAAAAAAAACUUCGAUUCACCCGAUGAUAUAAGAAUAAUUUCUGGAUGAAUAGUGAUCAUAUAAACCCAUGUACAUUAAUUAAUAAGAUAAUAAACGAUGUCAUGUAACAUGUUUUUUUUCUUCAAAAAAGCUCAUAAUAUUAUCGUCCAAAAUCAAUUCAUACCUAUACAUCUUUACACAAAUUUCUUUUUAUACAAAUUUAGCAUUUACUUUCUUAUAAAUUCUACUUAUACCUGAAAGAAAAUGUGUCGUGUCUUGUAAAAUUCUUCACCUUUAAUUGUUUCCCCAUUGAGGAUCGUUUGGUCUGGCACCCUGGGGCGUCUGGUGUGUAUUCGGUUAAAUCGGGGUAUCAUUUGGCUGCAGAGUCCUUGCAGCAUCCUCCUCGUAUUUGUCGAGAUUCUUGUUCUCCUUUUGAUAGAGGAUUGUGGCGGAAAGUCUGGGGUCUGCCUAUCCCCCCUAGCUCCGAUUUUUUGUCUGGCAAAUGCUAAGACGGGUGCUUCCAACAGGGGAAGCACUUUGGGUGCGGGGGAUUGGGAAUGGGUGGGUUUGUCCAGUUUGCUUAGGGGAGGAGGAUGAGACGGUGGAGCAUCUUUUCUUUCGUUGUCCUGUGGCCGGUACCCUUUGGGAUUUGACGGGUUUACAGCAUUUGCGGGAGGGGAUACCUACGGGGAGUAUAGCUAUGUUUUGGCGAUCGGUGUUGGAGCGGCCGAGUUUUGGUAGUGUUGAGCUUAUGCAACUGGUUGCUCUUUUUUGGCUUCUUUGGAAAUCGCGGAAUAGUGUGGUUUUUGAUUUUGUUCAGGUCUUGCAUCCUACUCUAGCCUUUCAAUUCUCUCUGCAAGUGAAUGAAUGGAUUGACAAUCCUCGGGAGGUUGCUCCGCGUCCGCUUCCUCCGUCCAUUUCGGCCCCGCAUGGAGGUCCUGUGUCGGGUGCUUUACUUUGUUUUGUUGACGGUGCAGUGCAGGAUGGGUCUCAUGGGGCAGGAGGAUGGGUUGUUCAGGAUGGGAGAGGAUCGAUCGUUGCGAGUUCAGCUCGGCGUUACUCUGGUGUGUUUCAACCGUUUCUGGUUGAGUUGCUUGCUUUAGGGGAUGCAGUUCGUUGGUGUGCGGAUAGAGGGUGGACUUCAGUCGUCUUCCAAGGAGAUGCGCAGGUGGUGCUAAAGAAGGUUAUGAAUGGUGAGGUUCAUGAUGCAGUUGGGGGAGUUGUUCUUCAGGAGAUUCAGCUACUCCGAGCGUCAUUUCAGCAUUUUGACUGUGCUUUUAUUGGUCGUUCUAGAAACAGGGUUGCCCAUCUGGUGGCAAGAAAAACCCUUUGAUUUUUUUGCUUGGUUUUGGUCACUUUGAUUGUUUUCAGACUAUGUAUCUUUUGUUUCUCGGUAAUACGAGUUAUCUGCUGGCAAAAAAAAAAAAAAAGCUAUCUCAUUUCAUCACCAACUCUCACGCGCACCGCCUGCAACAACAACAACAAAAAAACUCUUUCUUGUUAAUUUUUUUUAUUACCGAGUAACCUCAACCCAACAUGUCACUUAGUGGCAACGUUGUCUACUAAAUCUGGGGAGUACCUGCAUCAGCAACAUUUUGAAGGCCUAACACCCGGUACUGGGGGGGGGGGGGGGGGGGAGAUUUCGUCUCCAGCACUCGCGGUGCCUCCGGAAACACCAAGUGGUGUAGUGGGAUUCGAACCUGAGACCUCAGGUAUCUCAAGCCCGAGAGACCACACUCCCGACCAACUCGCCUGUGUUACCUUUGGCGGCCAACUCCAACAUUAAUCCUGCCACAACUCUAAAAAAUUUGAUAGGGUCAAGCAUUCAUCUCGAUGGCUUGACCCUAUUCUCCUUUAACCCUAUCUGGCCCCGUGCAGGUAGGGCUCGAGCUAAUGGUUUGACUCACAUUAAUAACGCAUUGUGGACUUAGUAAUCGGGUCGGAUUGGAUAAUUUACGGUUGGGGUAUCGGGUUAUGGGUCAGGUCAUAUUGGAAUUACUUAUUUCGGAUCAAAUAUUGACCCAACCUAUCGGGUUUCGAGUCGGGUUACAAAUCAUUUCGAGUUACGAGCGCUCUCAGAAACAAUAUCAAACAUGCUUCAUAUUUUUGUAAAGAGCACAAAUCUUCACAUAUGCAUGAAAAUAGUUUACCUAACACAUGCCAAUUAACAUAUUUUUAAAUCCUCUCGUACUAAUGAAAUGAAAUAUAAAUUGCACAAAUCGUCAAAAAUAAUAACAAAAGUAUACUACUACAAGAAACACAUUAUAUUUGAUUGGUGCGUAUUCAAUUGCACUCACUUUUUUGGGUGCACUCAUAAUCGUUAUUAUUAGCAAACGAUUCGUUUAAAAAUUAUGGUAAUCGUCGCGUAUGAUAUGAUGGACAAGAAAAUACAUGAAUUUGU